AUGUUAUCAGUUUCCCUCUGCGACCUCACCCACAUAUGUGCCAACGUGCUGAUCUUCCUGUGCGCUAACAUCAUCGGGAUCUGUACCCACUAUCCCGCCGAGGUCUCCCAGAGACAGACCUUCCAGGAGACGAGAGGAUACAUUCAGGCCAGGCAGCACCUGCAGAGGGAGAACCAUCAGCAGGAACGGUUGCUGCUAUCUGUUUUGCCGAGACACGUUGCAAUGGAGAUGAAGGCUGAUAUCAUUGCCAAGAAGGAAGACAUGAUGUUUCACAAGAUCUACAUCCAGAAACACGAUAAUGUGAGCAUACUAUUUGCCGACAUCGAGGGCUUCACCAGCCUGGCGUCUCAGUGCACGGCACAGGAACUGGUCAUGACGCUGAACGAGCUAUUCGCCCGUUUCGACAAGCUGGCCUCGGAGAACCACUGCCUCCGCAUCAAAAUCCUCGGAGACUGUUAUUACUGCGUAUCGGGUCUGCCGGAGCCCCGGGCUGACCAUGCCCACUGCUGUGUGGAGAUGGGAGUGGACAUGAUUGAAGCCAUCUCGCUGGUAAGAGAAGUGACAGGUGUUAAUGUGAACAUGCGGGUGGGCAUUCACAGCGGGCGAGUUCACUGCGGGGUGCUGGGCCUGCGCAAGUGGCAGUUUGACGUCUGGUCCAACGACGUGACGCUCGCCAACCAAAUGGAGGCCGGGGGGAAGGCAGGACGUAUCCACAUUACCAAAGCCACCUUGCAGUACCUGAACGGGGAUUAUGAGGUGGAGCCGGGAUACGGAGGGGAGAGGAACGCGUACCUGAAGGAAAACAACAUCGAAACCUUUUUGGUGCUUGGCUGCAGCCAGAAAAGAAAAGAGGAGAAAGCCAUGAUGGCCAAACUUCACCGAAAGCGUGCAAAUUCUGCAGAGGGACUGAUGUCCCAUUGGGUGUCUGAUAGAGCUUUCUCCAGAAGUAAGGAGUCUAAAGUCUACAAGAAGAUGGGCAUUGACGCAGCGUCCAGCAAAGAAAACCGCUGCAGUCAGGAAAACCAGAACUCCGAGGAUGAGGUGGAUGAUUUUCUUGCACGAGCCAUCGACGCACGUAGCAUCGACCAGCUGAGGAAAGAUCACGUCAAGAAGUUUCUGCUCACAUUUCAGACACCCGACCUAGAGAAAAAGUACUCCAAAAAGGUGGACGAUCGUCUGGGCGGUUACGUGGGCUGCACUCUGCUUGUCUUCUUCUGCAUCUGUUUUAUUCAGAUGAUAAUUUUCCCAAAAACAACACUUAUGCUCGGUCUUUACAUUAGCAUCUUCAUCAUCCUCGCCAACAUCCUUUUCAUCUGUGCCAUCUAUUCCUGCCUCAAACGCUUCCCAGCUGCCUUCCAGACACUCACCAAGAAAAUAAUCCAGUCUCGGGCAAACAGUACGCUGGUGGGCGUCUUCACCAUCCUUCUUCUCUUCGUCUCUUCUUUCGCUAAUAUGUUUACCUGCAGCAGAGAGAAACUGCAGGACUGUAUAGGACGGGAACUGAACACAACAGUGACUCUGUGCCUGCUGCAGAACCUCAGCAGGACAGCAGAGGACGGCCUGACUCUGUGCUCCAGUCAGGUGAUGCCCUGCCAUCUACCUGAGUAUUUCAGCUACAGCGUACUGCUGACCCUGCUGGCCUGCUCCGUGUUCCUGCACAUCAGCAGCAUCGGGAAGCUGGCUCUGAUGCUGCUCAUCUAUCUCGUUUUCCUCCUGCUGGUGGAGUGGCCUCAGGUGACCCUGUUUGACAACGCCGACCUGCUGGUCUUUGCCAACACUCUGCAAUUACCACCUGUUAAUGAUUCCCUGCAACAAUCUGGUUUCAAUGAAACCGCAGAGCAGUGCCCGGGGGCUGGGACCAAGGGGCCCCUCAGGGUCAUGACCCCCAUAAUCCUGCUGGUUUUCGUUCUGGCUCUCUAUUUGCACGGCCAGCAGGUGGAGUCCACCGCACGUCUCGACUUCCUCUGGAAGUUGCAGGCCACGGAGGAGAAGGAGGACAUGGAGGAGUUACAGGCCUACAACCGACGCCUGCUGCACAACAUCCUGCCCAAAGAUGUGGCCGGCCACUUCCUCGCGAUGGAGCGGCGAAAUGACGAGCUGUACUACCAGUCGUGUGAGUGCGUCGCUGUCAUGUUCGCCUCCAUCAGCAACUUCUCCGAGUUUUACGUGGAGCUGGAGGCAAACAACGAGGGGGUCGAGUGCCUCAGGCUGCUUAACGAAAUCAUCGCCGACUUUGACGAGAUAAUCAGCGAGGAGCGGUUCCGUCAGCUGGAGAAGAUCAAAACAAUCGGCUCCACCUACAUGGUGGCCUCGGGCCUCAACGACACCACCUACGACAGAGAGGGCCGCUCGCACAUCCUGGCUCUGGCCGAUUACGCCAUGAGGCUUCGAGAGCAGAUGAAAUACAUCAAUGAGCAUUCCUUCAACAACUUCCAGAUGAAGAUCGGGUUGAACAUGGGGCCUGUUGUGGCAGGGGUGAUUGGCGCCAGGAAACCCCAGUAUGACAUCUGGGGAAACACAGUUAAUGUGGCCAGCCGAAUGGACAGCACUGGAGUACCGGACUACAUCCAGGUGACCACCGACUUGUACCAUGUGUUGGCCAACAACGGAUACCAGCUGGACUGUCGAGGUCUCGUCAAGGUGAAAGGGAAGGGGGAGAUGACCACCUACUUCCUCACCAGUGGCCCGCCGGGUAGUUAACGGCGGAGGCAGCCCGACCGCACGGUGACUCCCGCUGCGUUGAAACGGCAGGGACUGCAGAGAGACUGAGCGUCCGGCUCUGCGACGGGCGCCGGGGACAAGAUGCGGCCGUCGGAGAGAGGAGUCCGUUUCUUGUCACAUUCUCAGACUGAAGGCUUGUCGCGAGCCGCUCGAUUAAAUAAUGAAUCCCAGUGGCCUUAGGAAGGAAGCGGCGACGCUUGUGUUUUUGAGCAAUAGUACAAGUAUGCCAUCUGGAGUCAUUAUUUAUUUUUGUGAGAAACUAAGCAAUCUUUCUUAGAAGAAAAUUAUGCAAGGACAACAUGAAGGAGAAGAAUAACCAAAGAACAAAUAAAUGUCUGAUGAUUCCGUUCAACACUAUAAUAAACUUUAUAAGCUAUAUUAUUCCUCUUUUUCAGAGAGCGAAGGCCACAGCAACUUCUCUGAACUGUUUUUAACAAAGAGGAGCGCACACGCACAGAUAAUGCAGAAGGAAAACGGCAACGACAGCAACCUUGGCUCUGACCUUUCUGUUUCUAAUCAGGGCUUUCUUUGUUCCCUCCACCCUGCAAUUAGUUUAUGGCCCACUCAAACACACGGCUGAGCGCCGGGCCCCUGUGGCCCCGGAAGAAGACGUGGGAAACAGAAGAAGAAUGAUUUGACCUGAAGAACGAUUGUAUUCCAACUAUAAACCAUUUUUGUACGGUUGUGUGUGUGUGUGUGUACGGGUGUGAGCUCUGUAGCUCGAUCUGAUGAGGGGCAGACGGAAAACUUUUCACUGUGAGAUUUCUAAGAUACUGUACGACGCUUUCUUGCCAAACUGUUUGCUGCAAAUCAUGUUUUGUUAUUCACUACAGUUGAGUGUCCAUUCCUGAUUGUUUGUGUCAAGACUGAUCUUUUGAAGACGAUCGUGUCCCACUGCGCCUUUACUGGACUGUGAUUUAUUAACUGAUUUCAUUCCAAAUGAAAUGAGCGUGGUUUAGUUGGAACUGUGUUAAAGGUAAGCUGACUUCCUGACAGCUGUUGAAUUAUUUUUUAUGCAGAAAUUCUCCUUCUGCUCUGUAUUGCCUUGAUAUUAUUCAGCACUAAUGUUUGCAUUCUUCAUGGCCCGAUAUUCACAACCUUACACAGCAGUAUUUGACGCUAAUUUCUAGUAUAAGCACCCGUGAAAGAACUGUUGUUUGAAACAAUAAUCAAAUGAAUGUAUGCAAAAAUGAGGAUUUUUAUCUAACAGUGAGGUGAUUUGAAGAAAAACAUCCUGGUUCUUAAAAUCCUCGUACUAGAAGCCCAACAGUUUAGAUUGAAUAUUUUCUAUAAAAAAAAAAAAAAAUGCUUUAUACUCUGUUGAUGUGCUUCUGUUUCUGUCUUGGCGCCAAAACGCCGCAAAACAGUCACUUGUUGCUCUCUGUUGUUAUGAAAACCCAAGUAAACACUGUCUCAUCUUCAACUAGUGCAACUGCAGAUAGAGUUGGAUUUUACUAGAAUAAGAAAUCAAUAAAUGGCUUUUUUCCAUUG